GAGUUCAGUGAGGGCUUCUGCAAGGAGCCCAGUGAGGGCUUCUGCGAGGAGCACAGUGAGGGCUUCUGCAAGGAGCCCAGUGAGGGCUUCUGUAAGGAGCCCAGUGAGGAGCCCAGUGAGGGCUUCUGUAUGGAGCCCAGUGAGGAGCCCAGUGAGGGCUUCUGUAAGGAGCCCAGUGAGGGCAUCUGUAAGGAGCCCAGUGAGGGCUUCUGUAAGGAGCCCAGUGAGGGCUUUUGUAAGGAGCCCACUAAAGGCUUCUGUAAGGAGCCCAGUGAGGGCUUCUGUAAGGAGCCCAGUGAGGGCUUCUGUAAGGAGCCCAGUGAGGGCUUCUAUAAAGAGCCCAAUAUGGGCUUCUUACAGGAGCCGAGGAAGGAGCUGAGAGAA